AUGAUCCUCUUGCAACACGCCGGGCUUCCUCCGCCUAAGCGGCCCUCAUCCUCUCCUCCUAUGUCAGUGGCCGCCAGGUCUACAGGGGCCUUGCAGCUUCCACCACAGAAGCCUUUUGGGCAGGAGGCUUCCUUGCCUUUGGCUGGGGAAGAAGAGCCACCUAAGGCAGGGGAACAAGACUCUGCCCUGGAGGAGUUGUGUAAACCACUGUACUGCAAGCUCUGCAAUGUCACCUUGAACUCAGCGCAGCAAGCCCAGGCUCAUUAUCAGGGUAAAAAUCAUGGUAAGAAACUCCGAAAUUACUAUGCAGCAAAUAGCUGUCCUCCUCCUGCCAGAAUGAGCAAUACCGUGGAACCUGUGGCUGCUCCAGCUGUUUCAGCCCCUCCGCAGAUGGGGUCCUUUAAGCCAGGAGGCAGAGUGAUCCUAGCCACAGAAAAUGAUUACUGUAAGCUCUGCGAUGCCUCCUUCAGCUCUCCGGCUGUGGCCCAGGCUCACUAUCAAGGGAAGAAUCAUGCCAAGAGACUGCGGCUGGCGGAAGCUCAGAGUAACUCAUUCUCAGACUCCUCAGAGGUCGGUCAACGGCGGACCCGGAAAGAAGGGAAUGAAUAUAAGAUGAUGUCUAAUAGGAGAAAUAUGUAUGCAGUACAGAAUAAUUCAGGUCCUUACUUCAAUCCCCGCUCUCGGCAGAGAAUUCCACGUGAUCUGGCCAUGUGUGUUACUCCAAGUGGCCAGUUUUACUGCUCCAUGUGUAAUGUCGGGGCUGGCGAAGAGGUGGAAUUCCGGCAGCAUUUAGAGAGCAAGCAACAUAAAAGCAAGGUGUCUGAACAGCGUGGUACCAUAAGGUGUCAGAAUUGGGGAAGGAAAAGAGCGUGCUUAAGUCAUGAUGCUUUUUCAGGCGAAACAAAUGGUGACAGAGGUGUCAGACAGGAAAUGCCCAGGAUCCUCCUGCCUCAUGUCGCUCAUGCCAGUAGAACAAGCCUGAGUUUGGUUCUGAAGCAAAGGGAAGCUUUGAUCAGAGAAUGGAGAGGUGGAGGCUCCUGCUCAAGAUCACAGGCUGUCCCCCAGCGGUGGUGGGAUAGAGCUGCUUUAGCGUCAGAAAGGGUGAGUGCAGGUGCGCUGCUCAGGGCUGCGAUUGCAGAGCUGGGCGCCGCGUCGGCGCAUCCGGCCACCGUCUUGAACCCCGGUUCUGUGCUCAGCGCUCCUGCCUGUGACCCACCAGCUCGGGGCUGCGGGGCCCGCACAGCCUCCCUGCACACUGCCGCUGUGGUCUUCAUGGUGUCGUGUGCCCGACUUCUGCACGUGGCUCCCCCAGCUGAGAAGUUGGGCUCAGAGCUCUCUGACGACGAACUCUGGUCUGAAGUGCCCUAUGUGAGGCUUCUGCAGGCACUUCCCUCUGAGCAAGUGGACAGAGGAAGCACAGAAGAAAGGGAAAAGGCCUAUGACAAUCUCAGGUACACUGAACUGACCAAAUUUUUGGUCUUUUCUGAAGCAAAUAAAACCUUGACCCUAGAAUUUACCUGUCUUACUUGA